AUGUUUCUUGCAGGACUGAUGGUCAGACGACGCCUUCCUUCCUCUACCUACUACACCCCCGCUGGUGAGCCUGAAUGGUCUCGAGAAACUUUCGGGGAGCAAUCGAUCGCAGUUCUCUCCGGAGCAUAUAGAAAUCCGAUCGAAAUGGCGCGACAUGUCGCUGCUAGUUGUGGCUCCCAACAACCGUUUUUCGUUAUGGACGUUGCCGCAAUCGAAAGACGUCUCGAAGCUCUUCGAGUUAUGCUCCCUCGGAUCCGACCGAAUUAUGCUGUUGCUUGCAAUGCCGAUCCUGUUUUAGCUCGGGUUCUUUCAAACAAUAUCGAUGUUAAUUUCGAAGUUUCUAACUCAGCAGAGCUUGAGUUGACCAACUUGUAUUCCGAACCUACCAGAUCUAUUUUCUGCUCACAGUUGAUGACUCGUAAAGCCAUUAAAACCGCCGUCCUGUCUGGAUGUAUGACAUUUGUUGUGGAAAACGAGAAACAAAUGACUGAUGUCAUGAAUGCAUCGCCUGAAGCUGAAAUCGUCAUCGGUAUCUGUCUCUCUUAUUCAUCCGGCGAAGUUCCAUUUGGUUGUUCCGUCGAUGAACUGGAAGAAAUUCUAGAAAUGGGACAUCUUCUCGGUGCAAACAUUUCUGGAAUUUAUUUGGAACUUGGAGUUCGCGCUUCGUUGCACGAUUACAUCCAUGCUUUGCACGAUGCGAGCUCUAUGAUCGUCACUGCAAAUGAAAAAUUCCUGUCUCUCCGUUAUGUUACAUUCGGAAACCUUGCCAUUCCAACUGCAGAAGAUGGAUCUGUGAACAACAACGAUUUCAUUUCUUUCUGCAACGCUAUGAACGAAACCAUUUGUGAAUUGUUUGAUGACAGCAUCGAGUUUUCUGCGAACAUUGGCCGCUUUCUUGUGACAAAUGCAUUCGCACUAUGCACGAAUGUAAUUGGAAAGCGUGCCCUGGACGCGAAAUUCAUUACCAAUGAUGAUUUUGAUGACGGAGUUGGAUUCGUUUAUCAAACAAACGAUGGCGUUUAUGGAUCAUUCGGAUGCAAACAAAUGGACAUCAACCCAUUGUGCAAACCGCUAGAUGUCCAAAAAGAGUCUGUUGAUGAACAGUUGCACUUCGGCACUAUCCUUGGCCCAACUCUCGAUUGUACUGAUGUAGCCCAAAGAAUCACUAAAUGCCGUCAAUUGCGAGUCGGCGAGUGGCUUGUUUGGGAGCAGAUGGGAGCCUUCACGAUUCCGGCAGACAGUGAGCAUUCAGUCCCGCCUGUUUAUUAUUAUUCUGGAAGGGAAUGCUGGCAAAAACUGAUUCAUAAAGAUGAACAGCGUCGAUCACCGUCGCCAAUUGUUAUUGAUGACAACGAAGACAUGGGAAGUGAUGGCGAGGGUGGUUACGCGUCUUCAUGUGAGGAUUUGGAUAUGGCGAUGGUAUUAGAGCCACUGGUCGAAGAUCCAAACGAAUUUUAA